AUGGUAGAGCUUCAUCUGCUACCCUUGCUCGGAUUCAAACAGCUUCCUGCUGUCCUCGACCACGGCACCUUGUCUGGCCCCGCCUCGAGCCUUGGGCCCGAUCUGCCCUUGUCUCCUGACAAGGCCUGUUCUAUCCUCAUCUGCCCUUCUCGCUCGACCUCGUCUUGCUCGGCUGCCCUGGGCGAGCUCCCCUUGUUGCACCGCACCGCACCUGCGCUGCACAGCAAAGUGCAUAUUUCAUCCAGUGUUCCGAUCUUCGCGCGCGCAAUUACCAGUUUUGCCGUCGGGCACCGACAUCUUAUAAGUCCUCCGCGAUUUCCAGUCUUCAUACAUCAACCUCUUGUGUCCCCCCAGCUCCCGAAGCUUGUAGGAAUUACACAGUUCGAGGCCCAACCGCUUGGUUCAAGAGUCAAAAACCUCCGAGGCCAUCCUUCUGUUUACAUCCCCCCCUCCCUAACCUCUAAAUUCUAGG